AUGCGCAAGGCGACCACCAAGUUCAUCCGCAUUUUCGUGAUUGUCAACAUCACGACCUACAUCACCACCAAAGCGUACCUCGACUCCCGAGCGUCUUCGACCCCUCCACCCCGCGGCGAGGGGGACUACUACAACACCAACACCACCGCUAACCCCACCAGCCCCCGGAAACCUUUCGGACAGGCAGCAGCAGCAGCAGCAACAGAAACAACAAGAGCAGAAGUAGAAGCAGCAAUGGCGCCAAAAGGAAAAGGCGAAAACACCAAGAAAGUCGCGGGGAACGCGCGCAAGGCCGAAGCGGCAGCGCAGAAGCAAGCAGCCGCCAACGCAUCUGCGGCCGCCCGCGAAGAGGAGAAAUGGCAACAAGGAGCCAAGGACACGUCGAAGAAGCAGGCCGCCGCGGUAAAGGCAGCCGAACAAGCGGCGAAGAAGGCGGAGCGGGAGGCAAUGCUCGCAGAAGAAGAGAAGGGCAUGAGAGACAAACCCAAGGGCGCGAACAAGAAGACGGCCGAGAAGAAGAGCCGCGGCACGCUGGACCUGGCGCAGCUCGACGACGACAGCGGCGCCGGCGGGAAGGAGAGGGCGCUCAACGCGUCCGGCAUCGACAACGCGCUCGACGCCCUGUCCCUGACGACGAGCUCCCCCCACGACAUGAAGCUGGACAGGCACCCGGAGCGGCGGUUCCCGGCCGCGUACAAGGCGUACGAGGAGCGGCGGCUGCCCGAGAUCGACAAGGAGCGCCCCGGCCUGCGCCGCAACCAGAAGAUCGAGCUCAUCAAGAAGGAGUUUGAAAAGUCGGACGAGAACCCCUUCAACCAGUCCGGCAAUAUCCGGUACGACGCCAGCAAGGAGGAACUGGCCGAAGUGAGGAAGAAGGUCAGAGAGGGCGUGGAGAAUCGGUUGGGCGAGAAGUGA